GCAGCUUGGCACCACUCUUCUAGCGUGACUCAAACAGAAUCUCAUCUUUAACAUAAAUGCCUAAUGCAGUAGGGUUCCAAGUCAGUUCAAACUGCUUCUCUGUUGAUGUGAUAUUUUUUUCUGUCCUGAGAUGAUGCAGGAAACACAUCAGCUUUGUUGAGUUUUUUUGAGAAGUUGUGCUAUGAACUUGGACAAUGCUGUGACUUAUUCCUCCAGUGAUCCAGGCCAGAGGCUGUAAGUGGAUGCACGAUGUUUCUUGUUAUCUUUUAGUGCCGCUGAACAACAUUUCAAGACAACAUGCACUCAGAUCUGAGUUUUCAUGGCAGAGAGUAAAUCAGUAGAAUGGAUAACCACCAGAAGAGGAACAUAACUUUCCUUACCAUCGGAUUAAUAUUUAUGCUGAGCGGCAUUGAGUACGCUGUCAUUCUGCCUACAAUAUGGAGGUAUCUGCAGAUCCUCGAGGCGCCGCCAUAUUUCCUGGGUCUGGGACUGUCUGCCUUCAGCCUGAGUGCGCUGCUCACAGGUCCACUUUUUGGAGUCUGGUCAGAUCGAAGCAAAACUACUAAAUCCAUCAUCCUUUUCUCCAAUCUUUUUGAAAUAGCAGGUAACUUCAUGUACUUUAUCGGCUAUUCCAAGUGGCUGCUGUUGUCCAGUCGGCUUGUAGCAGGUGUGGGUGCAGGAGCCGGGUCCUCCAUCUUUGGUUUUCUAACCCGGAGCACUCUGCCAGAGGAGCGCGCCGGUAUCUUUGCAGCAAUCAUGGCCUGCCGACAAGCUGGCCUUCUCGUCGGGCCAGCGUUCAACUUGUUCCUGCGGCUGUGUGAUUUCAAACUGGGGCCCUUUGUUGUGAACAAGUAUACGUCUCCUGGGAUCUUCAUGUGUCUUCUGUGGACGUUGCUUCAGUUUGUCAUCGUGGCUGCGUAUUGGGAUGUACCACCCCUUAGCUCAGAGGGGGGAGUUAUAGUGUUGGAGCUGAAACAAGAAGAGAAAGAGGAGGAGGUGCCCCUGAUUGGGUCAGACGAGGAGGCCACGCCUACCUAUAGAGCCGUGAACUCUGACCAAUGUGAGACCUCCACCUUGACCGAGUCGGAAGCAGCUGACGAAGAGUCCAACCCCUUUAAAAACUUCAGUGUCAGCAGAGAGUUCCUGAGAGAGGAAGUGGUUGUUCUCCUCACAGCCCAGUUCAUCACUCUAUUCAACCAGACAGCGCUGGAGACCAUGGUGACCCCUCUGACGCAGCGCUACUUCGGCUUCGGCGAGCUGGGCAACAGCCUGAUGUACAGCCUGUGCGGGGUGGAGGUCAUCGUGGGCUUCUUCUUCGUGCGUUGGCUGAGCAACAAGGUUGCAGACCGUGUGGUUCUGGCCGUGGGCCUGGUCAUCUGCUCCGCCGCCUGUAUCUGGUGCCUAAUUUUCCUCUGCAAGCCCAGAGGCGGAUAUGAAUGGCAGCUCUCAGCCUUCAUCGUGGGAGUUUUUCUGCAGCUCCUGGGGCUUCCCUUCGUGGCCGUGUCUCAGGUGUCUUUAUUCUCCAAAGUCACUGCAGAGAAAACACAAGGGUUUAGCCAAGGUGUUCGGCGCUCGGUUGGAGGCCUGGCUACCAUCCUGGGUCCUUUGUGGGCUGGAGGACUGACCAAUAAUUUGUACAUAAUGCUGGGAAUGAUGCUGGCUCUGCUCAUCAUGGUCACAGUGAUGACAGUCCUGUCCUACGAGCGACUGGCUGAGCCCAGGGUGGUGCAGUGUGCCCAGAACCUUGACAGUGGAGGAUAGGGCUGCAGGACACAGGAUGGAUGGCGAGCAGCAGAGGGUGAAGAUGGACGCCUCUCACUUCACAGAGAAUAAAUCCAAGUUAUUUUCAAAAAGAAAGCGUAUGAAUGUGGAAUAAAAACCAUCAAAACUCUCCUUAUUUGAAGCUUUGCAAACGUCCUCUGCUACCAGCCUGUAUUAGAACCACUAAUUCAAAUUACUGUUAGACUAUUAAUUAGAUUUUACACAAGGGGGCACCAUUGCUCUCAUGUUGACUACUCAGAGGCAUAAUUAGAGAUGAAAGCUUUUCUCUUUUUUUCUAAAGCAGAUCUAUUUAUGUUUGCAGGUAUCAGUGGAAAUAAAGCAGUUGUUUUUUUGUUUUGUUUUUGCUUUUUCUUUCUCUCUGUGCGACCCAUGUAUCAGAAUGUGGUUUAUUCUCUUCCUGUGAAGAGGGAAGCUCACUCUGACACAAUGAGCGCAGCAAUGGAGUUGUCAACAUCUUAGCAGCUUCACUUCAAAAAAAAAAAAAAAAAA